AUGGCAGUAGUCCAGGCUUUCAUCAGCGAAAUGCAUCAUAAAAUUAUUCCUGCACAUGAAUCAAUUCCUCAGACUACUCUGAGCUAUCUUUUAACAGGUAUUUCUGUGAAUUGUGCUUACACUUCCAAAAUAUUGCCUCCUGAAAAAGAAAGUGGCUUGCCACGUCAGAUUGGCAAUAAAACUGAAUUUACGUGGGGCAGAAAUGUAUAUGACAGUUUCUCCAAAUUCUUGCAGUUCCAGCUUACUGUCAAUGUAGUAGCAGUAAUUGUUGUAUUUGUGGGAGCAUGUAUUACACAAGAUUCACCACUGAAAACUGUGCAGAUGCUGCGGGUGAACCUCAUUAUGGACACAUUUGCUUCUCUUGCUUUAGCUACAGAAAAACCAACUGAGUCUCUCUUGCUAUGGAAGCCUUAUGGAAGAAAUAAACCCCUAAUUUCCCGCACAAUGAUGGAAAAACAUUUGGGUCAGGCAUUCUAUCAGCUCGUGGUCAUCUUUACACUUAUUUUUACUGGUGAAAAGCUUUUUGAUAUUGACAGUGGAAGAAAUGCUCCUCUGCAUUCCCCACCCUCCAACCAUUACACGAUUGUAUUCAAUACUUUUGUGUUGAUGCAGCUUUGUAAUGAAAUCAAUGCCCGAAAGGUUCAUGGUGAAAGGAAUGUCUUUGAGGGAAUAUUCAGUAAUGCCAUCUUUUGUGCUAUCACUGCUGGCACAUUAAUUGUACUUAUAGUAGAGUUUGGUGGGAAGCCCUAUAGUUGUACUGAGCUUACAGUAGAACAGUGGCUAUGGUCACUUUUCCUAGGGAUAGGAACAUUACAGUGGGGCCAGCUGAUAACAACAAUUCCAAAUAGCUAUUUGAAGUUCUUGACAGAACUUGGUCAUGGGCCGCCAAAGGAAGAAAUCCUUGAGGAAGAACUAGCUGAAGAUGCAGGAGAGAUUGACCAUGCUGAAAGAGAAUUACGUCGUGGUCAGAUCUUAUGGUUUAGGGGGAUGAACAGAAUUCAAGCUCAGAGCCGAGUGGUGAAUGCAUUUCAUACUUCCUUUUACGAGGAGUUAGAAAAACCACAAACACAAAGUUCAGUUCGCAGCUUAAGAGAAUCUCAGCAAUGA